UCGGGUGGUGCAUUUUUUCCGUUCGGAUGUGUCAGAAGUACGUCUGUCGAAAAAUUAGUAAAUUUUGGAAAUGAACCCCUCUCCAGAUGCAGCUGCAGUUACUGCUGCUGUUACUGGUACUGUUUCGGUUGGCGCUCCCGUGUCAAUAGGGCGCAUCCGAGCAAAAGUAUGCGAUGUAAAAGGAUGUGGAUCGGACAGUCUACGCAAUCCUGAGUUGCUGUUUGUGGCUGUACCAAGCCAUAAUUAUCCAGAGCGUCGUUUCGUGUGGCUCGCACUGAUGCAGGCAGUGAGGGAUAAGAAGAGAAGCUAUUGUUGCUCGCGACAUUUUACGGUACCGGAUGAUUUUAAAGAUUUUCAACAGUUCAUAUCAGCCCCACCUGGUUAUAAGCGUCAGUUAAUGGUAAACAAAGGUGUUGUUCCGCAUCUUAAUAUGCCUCCGCUUGCGUUAUCUGGAUUGCCUCCACUGACUGGUCGCUGGCAGAUUAAUUUACCCGAUAGUGUGCGACAGAAUCAGCCCGCCGAAACGUCACCGAUGACGAUCAAUCGUUCUAUGGCUAGAGGGUUGAAUGUUUACGAGAGACAUGUACCACGGUAUUGCAAAGCAGUGCAAACCGAUUCACAACCAAUGAUCCUGAGCGGACCGCGCAAAGUUAAGCCUAGUCUUCAGUACUGUCGGCUGUGUUUUCAGAGGCAGGAUUUAGAGCCGAUAUUCACGGGCGAUCAAACGUUGAUAGAGCCGGAUCUUAUUGAUAAGAUCUACGGAUGUACUGAAGUGAUGAUCUCUGUUCAAUAUGAUUUCCCGUCAUCCAUUUGUACCAGUUGCUAUGGUAACAUACAGAACUUUAUCAAAUUUCGCAAAAUGGUUCAACGCAACGAUCAAUCUCUCAGAGCAUCAUUGGCGCAACCAAAAUUAAUGCCUUCGGUGCAUCAGUCGCCAUUUCGGCCUUCACCGUCAGUUUCAUUCAAACCAGCAGGGUUAAUGCCGAAUGUAAGACCACUCGGUAGAUCAGAUACGACAUUGAAAAAUGUGACGGUCGGUUCGAGACUCAAUGCAAGCUUGAACGACAAUCAACCACGUUUUCGGCCCGCGGUUUGUGCACCAAAACCUAGACUAAAAUUUACUCCUACCCGACCGACACAACAUUCUCCGGCAACCGGCGUUUCGAGACCCGUCAUUCGACAGAAUUCUUACCCGGAAGAUGAAUUACUGGAAGUUACGCAUGUUGAAGAUGUACAGACUUACGAGAAACGUCGUCGGGCACUCGAGACUAGCUUAGCUCGAACUCCUCUUCCACAAGCUACUCGGUUACCAGUAACUGCGAAAAGUUCCAACAAUGCAGAAACGGACCCAUUUCAAAAUGUCAAUACAACGCAAUUUACUAACAAUGGAUCGAAUUUAACUCCGAGCGGUGUUCAAAUGAAAGAUCGCGUUGUGCCGGUUACGUUAAUUCGUGUUAUGCCGGAAGAAGCAGAUCCGCAUGCCGAUGUAGAAUUACAGAUACCACAGAGCGAUAAUCACGACAAGCAAAGUGAAAUGAAUGAAAACAAAUCGUUAUCUACGAAUGAGAAUGAAUCGAACAAAAUAGGCUUUUUACAGCCAAAGCCAAUAGAAGAGCUAACGGAGAAUGCAAACAAAAAAUUGGACGCUCCGAACGUUUUGCAAGCCGUCAAGCUUGUUCCGGCUUCUGCUGUGAAAGCCAUCACAAAGGCUCGCCCGCAAGGAGUAUUUUUGAGACCUGCAGGUUCUAAGGGACUUAACAUGUUCAGGGGAUUAAAGCAACUUGGAGCUACUAAUAAAUCCCCCAGCCUUCCACCAACAGGUUCUCCAUUGUCUAGGGCUGUUAAAUUUCCUGGAACUUUAACAACAUUAUUUUCAAGAACGAAGAAAGCGUUCAAGUCAUCGAGUGAAAUUCUUAAAUUAGCAGAGAAAGACACACCCAAUAAUGUGCCGCAACCUCCAGUUUCCGUGGAGAAAACGAAAGUUUCGAAACCAGUAUCCAUUCCCAAGGUUCCAGAAAAAUCACAAGUACUCGAAGAAGUCAUACCAUCUAAAGAGGCUACUGUAGUGUUACCUAAGCUCAAUCCAGCGACCGUAAAUACAGCAGUAUCUAUUCAAAAAGAAAAUGAUGUUCCGGAAAGUCCCUCAUCGAUGCUAGAAAAUGACGAACCAAGGACGACCGAUGUUUCAACAUCAUUGCAGAGAACGUCGCGUAUACGCAAAGUCCCACUCAGGCUGCAGGAUUCAAUUUGCUUCCCAAUGCCGAAAAUCAUCACCAUUAAAACAGAACCGUCUGACGAUUCUGAUUCUAAGCAAAAAUCUCCAACCGUAAUAGAGAAAUCGGUCAGUGAUCUUGAACCAGUUAAAAAACCUCACAUUCAAGAUCAGAAAAAUACAGCACAGGCAAAAACAAACAGCGAAGAGAACCACAAACAAACGAACAAACAGGAAGUCAUUCGGAACCGUGUGAUAACACGAAGAUCAGAACUUGGGGUACCCAUAGUAGUGACUAAAAAACUCAACAUCGAAGAAAUUCAGCAAAAAACGGCAGAAGUAAAAAAAGGCGCUGAUGAAAAAUCUAAACCCAUAAAAGAAGUGCAACAAACGACAGAACUUAUAAAUCGUGUGAAGACACGGAGAUCAGACCCCGAAGUGAAGGGAUCAAAUGUAGAAAGUAUAUCGAAGCCUACACCACCACAGACAGCCCAAGUAAGUCGUCAGUUGAAAAGAAAAUCACUCCCGAACGUAAAACCGGAACCAACCAUCCCAAGAAAAUCACCCAAAAUGCAAACAAAGGCACCAGCCCCAGUGAAAUCAGAUCAGCAGCAGCAGCAGCAGCAGCAAGGUCAAAAGGAUUCAAUAAGGUCGAAUGGAUCACGAAAAAGUGCCCCUGCAAUGAUUGCGGCCAAAGCCAAGAAAACGCCGGUCGUGGAUAAACCUGUUCCGACUGCGGUUGAUCAUUCGCAGGACUGGAAGUGUCCUUUCUGUCCCGAUCGGAUGUUCGAUCAGAAGAAGGGUUUGGUCAGGCAUCUGCGUAAGCGACACGGUAUGGACUAUGCCCUAGUGCGGCAGCGGUUAGCUAUUUACGGCGGUAAUUGGCGGUAGAGAGUGAUACCUCGUAGAAGGCUUCUAGUUUUUUAUUCUGUUAUGUUACAAAAUAUACGUGUACAUAUAUUUUCUGCCUAAAUAUAUCAUACAAUAAUUCAAAAAAAUUAUAAAAUCGAUUCGUUUUUUUAAGUUAAACGAAAACAACUCACUAGUCACAAGCAGUUGCUCACUUGUGAAAAAAGUUCAUUGAAAACUGUUCGAUGAUUUGUAGUACUCAGUUCAGUCAACAUUUUUAUGACGUUGGAAUAUAAAACAAAAUUUGUUUCAAUGUCAAAUGUAACGUAACAUUACCGAUACAAGAGGAAGGCGAAUUAAUUAAUCUAACUUUGUUAUGCUCUCCAGUCACUCAAGUUUUUCUAUUGAGUUUCUUAUAUGUAUUACUCCUAAAUCUAUGUUCCUAUGCGUAUUCUAAUAACAUUUGUCAUUUGUAUAAAAAACGCAAACGUGAAGCGAAUGA